UCCCAAAAUUCCCCGCCAUUUCUUGCCAAAUCCAAUUACACCAGCGAAUCCAACGGCGGAUCACACCGCCACCAACACCCACCUCCAAACCCAAACCCUAGCCAUGGCUACCGCCGCCGCCGCCGACGAGCCCACCGUGGUAGUGGAGGAGCCGCUCGGAAAGGAGGACGAGCGGAUCGACGAGCCCGCCGAGGCAAUGGAGCAGAUCGCGGAGGAGUGGGAGGAGACCGGGGAGCCCGCAGAGACAAUUGGGCAGAUCGAGAAAGAGCAGGUGGAGGCCGCAGAGCCCGCCGAUCCAAUGGAGCAGGUCGAGGAGGAGCAUGUGGAGGCCGCAGAGCCCGUCGAGCCGAUGGAGCAGGAGGCGGCGGUGGCGGAGGCUGAGGCCGAAGAGGGGGCGUCGCUGCGGCCGACGCUGCCGGUGGGGAGGGUCAAGCGGAUCAUGCGGGUGGACCGGGACAUCAAGAAGGUGACGAGCGAGGCGACGCUGCUCAUCGCCGCCGCCACCGAGCUCUUCCUGGGCAGCCUUGCGUCGGGGGCUUACACGGCGGCGGCGCGGCGGGGCCGUCGCGCGGUGCGCGCCGCACACGUCCGGGCCGCAGCCCGCGCGCACCGGCCCACGGCGGACUUCCUCCUCGACUGCCUCCCCGCCGAAGUGGAGGCUCCGCGCGCUCGCCCGGCCGCCGGAUCCGCUGGUUGCGGUGGCGGUGGCGCAAGAGAAGCAAAGCCGCUGCCGCGUGGGACCCGCCGCAUCGACGCCUUCUUCCAGAAGGUUACCUAGAGACGUCUCUCCGAGUCUCCCUGUAUGUGCUUUCAAAUUGGUGUUCUAAAUGUUUACU